UCAUGGCGGAGAACCACUGCGAGCUGCUGUCGCCGGCCCCCGGCGGCCUCGGGGCGGGGCCGGGGGGCGGCCUGUGCCGCCGCUGCAGCGCGGGGCUCGGCGCCCUGGCGCAGCGCCCGGGCGGCGUGUCCAAGUGGGUCCGGCUGAACGUCGGCGGCACCUACUUCCUCACCACCCGGCAGACGCUGUGCCGGGACCCCAAGUCCUUCCUGUACCGCCUGUGCCAGGCCGACCCCGACCUGGACUCGGACAAGGAUGAAACCGGUGCCUAUCUCAUCGACAGAGACCCCACCUACUUCGGGCCUGUGCUGAACUACCUGAGGCACGGGAAGCUGGUUAUCAACAAGGACCUUGCAGAAGAAGGAGUGUUGGAGGAAGCGGAAUUUUACAAUAUCACCUCACUAAUAAAACUUGUAAAGGACAAAAUUAGAGAACGAGACAGCAAAACAUCACAGAUGCCGGUGAAGCACGUGUACCGCGUGCUGCAGUGCCAGGAGGAGGAGCUCACGCAGAUGGUCUCCACCAUGUCCGACGGCUGGAAGUUCGAGCAGCUGGUCAGCAUCGGCUCCUCCUACAACUAUGGAAACGAGGACCAGGCCGAGUUCCUCUGCGUGGUUUCUAAGGAGCUGCACAACACCCCGUACGGCACCACCAGUGAGCCCAGUGAGAAGGCCAAGAUUUUGCAAGAACGGGGCUCCAGGAUGUGAGGCGGUGCUGACAGCCGAGGAGACGAUUUCCUUUUCCCACAGAGCGUGAGCCGCCACGUCGGGAGGCGUGGCUGUGAGGAGAAGCCUGCUUUUGAUCAUUUCUCUUGAGAUCUGGGUGCGGAUCCUUUUUGCCUCGCAGGUGGGUGGUGAGAGAUGGCCCAGCUGUCGGAGCCCCGGCUUCCCCGCGGGGAGGAGGCCGGGGCCGGUGUGGGCCAUCUCUGGGGCUCACGCUGUUCUUUCUGAGUGCCACGUGGGACUGAGGCGGGGAGCCCCGGCCCGCUGGUGCAGGCCCGAAACUGUUUGAAGGACAGGGUUCUUGGUGCUACAAACACAGCCUGGGCCUCGGCCGGGGAGGGGCGCCGCCGUGCCUGCUGUGGGCACACCGGCUCGGGGCUCAUGCCGAGCGCCCAGCCCUUGAUCUUGGGUCAGGGAGCUCCCCAGCCUCCAGGCGUGAUCACGACUCCCCCCACAGGGCCAGGCCUCUGCCUCUGGCCUCGGGGGCUGCGGUGUAUCAAGGCUUCUGAUGUGUAUUUUCCAGGCGAGAGAACUUUGCAUCCCCUUUUUUCCAGUGUGGACAGGCCACCCGUGUUUAUACUCUAGAAAGGCCUGAACGUGCUGCGUUUCGGGUCUCUGUUAGCUCACUUCACAGAGGUGGCCGCGGCACCCUGUCUGUCCUGCCCGCGGGCUUGGAGGGGGGCUGGCGCCCACCAGUGCCUUCGUGGCGCCGGGGUGGAUGCUGGGGCGGGAGGCCUGUCCACCGGCUCCGGGGCCUGCUCUCGGGGUCACGUCGAAACUUGAGGAUGUUUACAGUGCAUCGCGUCUCUUCCACCGGCCCUCACCUCCUCCUACAACUAUGCAGUUCUCUCUCUAUUUCUGGGCCUUGGGCACUCAGCGGUGACACGGCGCCCGUCGGGGCUGCCCACCGUCACGACGUGGAGCAGCUGGGCUCCACAGCCCACCCCUGUGGGCUCCGCCCGGGCCCCGGGAGCUCUGCGCCUCGCCUCCGGUCCCGGGAGGGGGCUGCCGGGACCCUGUCCGUUCCAAUGCCUCCAGAAGCUCCUCGCCAGGGGCCCUCUUCCUCUUCUCCUUUGCCAGUAACCUGAUUAACCGUGUUCUCCAGCACCUCGGGUGUACCCCCCCCUUCCGUAAGGUCUCUUGUAUGUCGUUAAAUGUUUGGCUUAAAAAGUUUAUGAAAACGUUGUACCGGGGUGGGGGGCGUCAGCCACCAGCAGGAGCUGGGGCGCCCCAGGGCCCCUGCCGGCCGUGGGGGUGCCCUUUGGGGAGCUGCUGUGUGCUUAGCAUUGUUUGAUUUAUGACCUUGACAUCCUAGAUAGGCUUGUGGGAUUUUUUUUUUUAAUUUAAAGAUAUUAAGACUUAAUUCACUAAAAUUUGUUCAAAGGGGAUAUUUAUACUUUUAUACUUUUUUAGGUAUCCGUAUUUUAUCAGCUUACUGUUCAAUGCCUAAGUUUCCCCUGAAAAUAGCAAAUAAAAUUGUGUAUUUAUGAAUGA